CCUGGGCACAGAGGCCCCAAGGCAGUGGUCGUGCUCAAGGUCCCUGGCUCUUUGAAGCUCCUUUCCCUGCUGCCCGAGCCCAGCCGCUUAGUCCUCUGUGUCCCACACACUGCUCACUCACUGCCAGGAUGGCAUCUUGUCUGACCCUGCACAUGGCGCUGCUGCUCAUCUCUGGGGUCCUAGCCCCUACGGUGCUCACAGCAGAGGGUCCCCAGGUGCCCAAUCCCACCCUGUGGAACGAGCCCAUUGAAUUGGCAUCAGGUGAAGGUCCUUUGGAGAGCACCAGCCACAGCCAGGAAUUCGCAGCCUCAGGCCCGCCUUUCCCCACCUCUGCCCCAGGACCAGAGGACAACAGCCCUCCUGCGGGGGUGGACAAAGACGGAGGAUCACUUGGGCCUGGCGCCAUUGCAGCCAUCGUGAUCGCCGCCCUUUUGGCCACCUGCGUAGUGCUGGCACUCGUGGUCGUUGCGCUGAGAAAGUUUUCUGCUUCUUGA